AUGACGGCUGUCUCAAUCUCAAUGGAAAACAACUUCCACGUUGCAUUCCAGAUGGAUAGAAAUAGUCUCAACCCUGGAAUUACACAGCCAUCGACUGUCGGGAAUGAGACGCUGCUUUUCUAUCCGGCCUCUGGACCUGGGGCUAUCGUACAGAGCGAUGCAGGGCGCGCAUUUCAGUUGCACCGCUUUUGUACAUUUUAUGGAUUUAUUGAAUAUAUAUACCGACGAAGGUUCCCGGCGAGACGUGGCGUUGUGUUGCGUGUCAACUACAAGGCCGUGCGCUUCUCGAGAUACCACGACUCCAGGACUACAGACAGCAGCAAGAUGAACAACAUCGCGCAUCCAGAGCCAGGCUACUGCCACCGUGAUUCCAAUGUGAUGCCCUGUACUGCUCCUCCUCUUCCUCGAUACACGCCAGAAUCCGACGCUGAGGGUGGCAGAUAUGAACUUGUUAUCUCUGGGGCUGGUCCAGCUGGAUUACUGCUCAAGCUGCUCCUCUCGCGUUAUGGGUUUGACAAGUCGGUUCUAUGCAUCGAGUCAAAAGAAGCCAUUUUGAGUGCUGGCCAGGCAGACGGUAUACAGCCCCGGACAAUGGAGGUGCUCAAGAGCCUGGGUUUGAUGCAUGAGAUCUUGGUAGACGGUUGUCAAGUGUGGGAGGUCGCGUUCUGGAAUCCCAUACGACUCACAGGGGCGGGCGCUGGCGGCGCGCUCGACAACGCUGAACCGGGCAUUGAAAGGACUGCUAUCGUGGACGAUGUAGCCAUCGCAGCUCGAUACCCUCAUGAAGCCACGACGCACCAGGGGAAGAUAGAACGCAUACUGGAAGAUGACCUUCUCCGGUAUACCAAGGAAGGCGUUCGACGGUCUACAACCUUGCUUAAUGUCCGUAUCGAUGAAAAAGAAGAUCCGGAUUUCCCUAUUGUCGCUGAGAUUGAAUCCCCAGUGAGCGGAAGACAGACUAUCCGGUCAAAGUAUCUUGUUGGUGCAGAUGGUGCACACUCAACUGUCCGUCGCUGCAUGGGACUGAAGCUUGAGGGAGAGACCACAGACCAUAUAUGGGGUGUCAUUGACCUCAUUGUCAACACCGACUUUCCAGAUGUCCGAAGGCGAACUGCUGUUCAUUCCGAUGUCGGCUCUAUUAUGAUCAUCCCUCGUGAGCGGUCCAUGACGGGGGAGUUCAUUACCCGCCUCUACGUGCAGGUCCCAGGUGGUGUUAAGGCCGAUGAGGCUGAUAUUGCGGGUACCGCUACUACUGGUGUCAGACAAGGCUGUGACGACCCAAGAGCUCAACGCGGUCAAGUCAGCCCGGAUAGCAUCUUGAAGCAGGCCCAGGAAGUUAUCAAGCCAUACUACAUCACACAGAAGGAAGGCACAAAAAUUGAGUGGUGGACUGCCUAUCAGAUCGGACAGCGAGUCAGCAAUGAAUUUGCUGUGAAGGACUCAAAGGGGAAACAUAGGGUAUUUAUCGUUGGAGAUGCCUGCCAUACUCAUAGUCCAAAGGCUGGUCAAGGCAUGAACAUCUCGAUGAUGGACUCUUUCAACCUGGCCUGGAAGCUCGCCUACUCCAUCAGAGGGCUCACUCCUGCGUCACACGCCUGCUCCAGCUCUCCAGACAACAUUCUCGACACCUACCAGACGGAACGUCAUACUAUCGCACAACAACUGAUCGAAUUCGACAAGUCAUUUUCGUCUAUGUUUUCCGGAAAAAUCGGUGCUUCAGAUGCAGAGGGCUCCGGGCUGACACACGAACAGUUCCUGGAGGUUUUUAGAACCGGCAACGGGUUCACUAGUGGGUGUGGGAUCGAGUAUCCGGAGAGCAUGAUAGUUGAUAAGACCGUGGACGAAACGGUUGUGAACGGGACAGACUAUCUGGCUGGUAUACUGAGGCCAGGUAGACGUUUGUUGAAUAUUUCCCGUCCACAGGAGCAUUCCGGAUACUAUGCCUUACCUCAAUGGAUCUCCUGGACCCAAAUGGAAAAUCAAGCCAGGCUCUAA